AUGAGACUAGAGAGAAAUCCACUUUGGAAUUGCCGUCUUCCCCGUCUCCUCAUGGUCCUGGUGGUAUUUAUUUCAACUGGGCGUCUGCCGGCUGCUACCUGGCUUGGUCCCUCUUUCCUUGUAGACAAGAAAAAGACGAAGACAAUUCUCUCUGUGAUAAGACAAACUUUCAGUAAUAUCAUAUUCUUUUUUUUCCAAACUGACGAGCCGCGGCCAAAACAAGGACUGGGAUCACUAGAGAAGCUCAGAACCUUAUUGCAGCAAGUCCCUUCAAACAACGGCGUCCCGACAAGCCAUCGUUUGAACAAAACCACACAUCUCUACUCCAACAUGCCAAUCGAAUCACGGUGGUCGGAGCCCAUUCCGAACUGCUCGCUGCAGACAUGGAUCUUCGGCUCCUCCAACGCUUCCCUCUCCGAUCGCAAAGCAUUCUAUGACGCCGACAGACCAGAAACCCACUUCCUGACCUUCUCCGACUACCGCCUCGUGGCGAAGCAAAUCGCCCUCGGCCUACAAGCGGCGGGCCUCAAGCCCGGCGACCGCGUCCUCCUCUUCUCGGGCAACAACCUCUUCUUCCCCGUCGUAUUCCUCGGCGUCCUCAUGGCCGGCGGCAUCUUCACGGGCGCCAACCCGACCUUUGUGCCCCGCGAACUGGCCUACCAGCUCAAGGACAGCGGCGCAACCUUCAUGGUUGCCGCCGAGGGCAGCCUUGACACAGCCCUCGAGGCGGCCAAGGAGGUCUCCAUGCCCGCCAGCAAUGUCUUCGUCUUCGACACCACAGUGCCCGGAUCCAGCGCGCCCGAGAAGCCCGCGCGGGGCGGCGCCCGUCACUGGACGGAGCUCAUCGCCCCGCGGGCGCGGGCCGAGACGUUCGAGUGGGUCGAGCCGGCCGACGCCCGCACGACAACGUGCUGCCUGAACUACAGCUCCGGCACGACGGGCGUGCCCAAGGGCGUCGAGAUCUCCCACUACAGCUACGUCGCCAACGGCACCGGCGUCGUAAAAGUCGCGGCGCUCGAGCCGGACCACGAGGCCACUGUCGCCCGCUCCGUCGGCCUCUGCUUCCUGCCCCUCUAUCACGCCUACGCGCAGACGUACUUUGUCGCCAACUUUGCCAAGCAGGGGAUCCCCGUCUACAUCAUGACCGGCUUCGACUUUGUCAAGAUGCUCACCUACAUCCAAAAGUACCGCGUCACGCAGCUCGUCAGCGUGCCCCCGAUCCUCGUCGCCCUCACAAAACACCCCAUCACAUCCAAGUUCGACCUCAGCAGCCUCGAGACCGUCGGCUCCGGCGCCGCGCCCCUUGCUGCCGAUGUGGCCCGCCAAACAGAGCGCAUCCUCAAGAAGCAGGACCUCAUCGUCCGUCAGGGCUGGGGCAUGACCGAGGUCACCUGCACAGCCAUGACGUGGGAUCCGAACCGCCUGAUCCGCAGCGCCUCCGUCGGCGAACUCAUGCCCAAUUGCCAGGGGAAGCUCGUCAACCCUGAGACCGGUAAGGAGGUCACCGAGGCAAAGGUCCCCGGCGAGCUCCUGAUCACGGGCCCGACUGUCAUGCGGGGGUACUGGCGUAACCCCAAGGCCACCAACGAGACCAUCGUCACCGAUGCUCAAGGCAACCGCUGGCUGCGGACCGGUGAUGUUGCCUACAUCGAGGAAUAUAGCACGGGCGGUCUCUUCCACAUCGUCGACCGCAUGAAAGAGCUCAUCAAAGUCAAGGGCAACCAGGUGGCCCCAGCUGAGCUGGAAGCAUUGCUUCUUGAGCGUCCAGACGUGGCCGAUGUUGCCGUCAUCGGGGUUACCAUUGACGGAGAAGAGUUGCCGAGGGCAUAUAUCGUCCGGUCAGCUGAUACUAAUGCUUCCGAGGAGGAGAUUGCAGAGUGGUUGGCUGGUCGGGUCGCUAAGCAUAAGCGACUCAAAGGCGGUGUGUCGUUUACCGACGUGAUUCCCAAGAACCCCUCUGGUAAGAUCUUGAGAAAGAUUCUUAGAGAAAAGGCCAAGAAAGAAGUUGGCGACUCGAUUGCAAAGCUAUAG